AUGCUCGCACGCCGCGCUACAACACUCUUCUCGACUCUCGCACGCUCUCCACGCACCGCCGUCCUCGCAUCGACCACCGUCCUCGCCUCCGCUCUCCUCAUCGCCAACCCUUCGAUCCGCGCCAACCUGGGUUCUUUCCACUCAUUCCCGCUCCAGAUGGCUUCGAAGCAGUACCCAACGCACUUGACGGAGCAGGAAUGGCGCAUGAAGCUGUCGCCUGAGCAGUUCCGCAUCUUGCGGGAGAAGGGCACCGAGAUGGCAGGGACGGGCGAGUACGACAAGCAUUACCCUGGCAAGGGCGUCUACGAAUGCGCGGGCUGCGGUCAGCCGCUCUACACAGCCGACACCAAGUUCAAGUCCGGCUGCGGCUGGCCCGCCUACUUCGACGCGAUCCCAGGGGCCGUUGACGAGCACGUCGACCGUUCUUGGGGCAUGGAGCGCAUCGAGAUCACCUGCAGCGGGUGCGGAGGCCACUUGGGCCAUAUCUUCAAGGGCGAGGGCUACGAUACUCCUACGGACGCCCGUCAUUGUGUCAACAGCGUGUCGAUCAAGUUCGACCUGAGCAAGGACAUGAAGUACGAGGGCCCGACGAAGAAGGCGAAGGCUUGA